CCCUCCCUCUCGUGGAUCAGUAUUACCACAGGCGGGCUUUCGUCGUUAUUUUUCAAGUAUAUUCAAAAACGCAUAGCAUAGUUGGUGGUUGUUACUUCACACUAAUCACCGUUACUGAUAUUUUGAAGUCGGACUGACUUAUAAAACGAGGGGCAGCUUCCCCUCACGUACAGUUAGAGGCCAUCAUGAAGCUGACGGACAAUGUGCUGCGGAGCUUCAGGGUUGCUAAAGUGUUUCGAGAAAACUCUGACAAGAUUAACUGUUUUGACUUCAGUUCUAACGGAGAAACUAUUAUUUCCAGUAGUGAUGACGACUCGCUAGUUUUAUACGACUGCCAGGAAGGAAAACCCAAGAGAACUCUCUACAGUAAAAAAUAUGGAGUGGAUCUAAUCAGAUACACACACGCUGCAAAUACUGUCGUCUACAGUUCCAACAAAAUUGAUGAUACAAUCAGAUACCUGUCCCUUCAUGACAACAAAUACAUCCGCUACUUUCCUGGGCAUAGCAAAAGAGUGACGUCUCUCUCCAUGUCUCCUGUGGAUGACACAUUUAUUUCCGGUUCAUUAGAUAAAACUAUUCGACUAUGGGAUCUGCGGUCACCUAAUUGCCAGGGUCUGAUGCACCUGCAGGGAAAGCCAGUGUGUUCAUUUGAUCCAGAGGGUCUGAUUUUUGCUGCUGGAAUAAAUUCAGAAAUGGUUAAACUUUAUGAUCUCCGAUCAUUUGACAAGGGUCCCUUUGCAACCUUCAAGCUCCAAUAUGAUCGUACGUGUGAAUGGACAGGACUCAAAUUUAGCAACGAUGGAAAACUAAUUCUUCUUUCCACUAAUGGCGGAGCUCUUCGCAUCUUGGAUGCUUUUAAGGGUGCUGUGCUACAUUCUUUUGGGGGCUACAACAACAGUAAAGGUGUGACCCUGGAGGCAUCAUUCACCCCAGACUCUCAGUUUGUAAUGAUUGGCUCUGAGGAUGGGAAGAUCCAUGUGUGGAAUGCAGAGAGUGGUAUAAAGGUGGCUUUGUUAGAUGGGAAGCACACAGGCCCAAUUACCUGCCUCCAGUUCAACCCCAAGUUCAUGACUUUUGCAAGUGCCUGCUCCAAUAUGGCAUUCUGGCUUCCCACCAUUGACGACUGAUGACCAAAAACUGAAGGCUCAGCUUCGGUUAAAGGCAAAAGUCAAUGUAACCAGCAGAUGUCAGCACAACCAGCUUCAUGGGAAUAACACAGGGACUUGAAAAUCUGUCUGAUUGUAAAUAAGUAGUUUGCAGAAAAAAUAAUUUGUCUCUUUUUUUUUAUAUUUCUAUUUAAACAUUAAAUGAUGUUCUUGUAAGACA